CAGAUCAGAAACGGAGCAGCGUUUAUAAAGUUACCAAAAAUGAACAGCAAUAACCUGGAUUAUUUACUCUCAGAAGAGAAGGAAUGGGUUUCAGAACUGACAGCCCAGCGGCGAGACGCAGCUUCAGGUGAUGGACAUUUUUGUAGAAAAGCUAAAACAACAACUGAGGCUCCAGAUCCGACAGUUUCAUGACUCAACCACACCAGAUUUUUCUGGGCCUCAUCUGAACAAUGCGGGAUCGUCAGAUCUGCUCCUCCCUGGACUGGUUUCACUGGACCGACUGGACCCAGCAGAGGAAGGGAUUCCCAUGAAUAUCUGUUUGCAUUCAGGAUCACCUGAUUCAUGAUAAUGAAUCAGUGGUUCUGGAUGAGUCAGGAUGACAGAUUCUCCUGAGACGAAUGCAGCGACCGACUCAGGAGGAAACCAGUGGAACGCGCCCAUCAGGUUCACCAGCAGCCCUGCUCCGUCCAAUCAGAGCUCUCCGUCCAGCCGCUCCCAGGUGAGCUUCCUCUGAGUUCAGGAGCAGAUUCUACCUGUUGGCUGCCGAGGUGAGAUCCUGCUGCAGGAUGAGCUGGACCGUCUCCACGCCGCCGCAGACCGCCGUGCUGGUUUCCUCUGAGGAGGGCGACUGGUCCACCGGGAUCUGCGACUGCUGCCAAGACAAGAAGCAAUGCUGCUUCGCCUUCUGGUGCUGCCCCUGCUUCGCCUGUCGGACCACCAAGAAGUUCGGCCAGUGCCUCUGCCUCCCCCUGCUGGACGCUCUGGGCUGCGUCCGUCCCAUCGCCAUGUCUGUCAGGGUGUCUCUGCGCCAGCGCUAUGGCAUCAGAGGCAGCUUGUGCAAGGACUGCUUGUGCUCCACCUUCUGCCUUUCCUGCGUUUGGUGCCAGAUGGCCACAGAGAUGGAGAGGAGGAAACUCCCGACUGUUCUCAGUGACAUCGUCAGCAGGCGAUGACGUCAUCGACAGGCGAUGGUGUCAUCAGCAGCCGCCUUUAAUGAAUUAUUUCAACAUGUUUAAUUGAUUUAAUAUCCUCCUGUUUGAAUAUUCUCAUUUUUAUUCAGUUUGUUUCUCAAGUUUUAUUUAAUUUACUUUGUUUCUGUUUUUAUUUGAAAUCUUUAUUUGAUGUUUUGAUGUUAACCUUGAAACUUUGUGGA